UUCAUGCAAUGAACAAGCCGUAUGCACCGCAUGUACUUUUUCAUUCGAUAUUAUUACACUUAGUAAUUUGAAUUCUUGAAUGAAGAAGUUUAAUAAACGGCGUUCAUACAUUUAUAAGCGUGCAUGUUCCUUCCCUUCCGAAUAUUCCCUAAAUUUAAUGUUAAUGUUAAUCUAAAAAUUCUGAAUAAUGAAAAAACAAUUCAGGGACAGAUAUGGAAAUACGGGUAUCGUUCCAAGGACACCCGCAAACGAUGGCUUAUGGUUAUCCGUGCUUCUCACUGUUUGUUAUGCAAUGAAUAUAUGGACUUUGGACGAAGUGCAAAUCAGUUCGAGCUAUAGGCAUUCAGCUAUUGUAUGCUUUGGUCUGUUCCUGCAUUCCGUCUACACUUUCGUAACACAUCGAUCAACACAAAAAUCGAUAUGUACUGCGCUCAACAUUGGUCUCAUCAGUUUCCUUUUGGAUAUUUGCUUGGGUGAUAACAUUUAUCUCUCGAUUGCCUGCGGAUUUUCUACAAUAAUUUUAUACAACUACGUUUAUUUCUGCGUGCUCAGAGAAAUGCCGCAAUGCUUUACGCUUGGCGAGGCAGCAAUAGUUUGUCAGGGAUUUGUUAUUUUUCUUUACCAAGCAUUCCUGAACGUACCACGAAUAUUUAUUGACGAGAGAAUCACAUCUGAGACAAGACUCAUAAACAUAGUUUUACAGAUUAUUCUUCUUGCAACCUGCCUUAUCAUCACACUAUGCCGCUUCAGAAUUUUCCGGGGCACUGUAAUGUUUUGGGCUACGACGUCAACUAUUAUCAUAGGCACAAUUAUUUUUCCGAUAUAUGAACAAAUCUUAUUUGUCGUUUUACUGGAAUUCAUAUUCAAUGACCUGAAGCGCAUAGCAGCAAUUGCUUUCUACAUGAUUCUGUUGUUAGUGACCGGCCUUUUCGCAACAUGGCAAGCUAACCGUAGUGCUACAGUCAAUACAACCACACGGAAAAUAUUCCACAUUCUCAUUCUCAUGGUUUAUCUACAUGGCCUUUUGUAUCAGUGUACACUAUUGUAUGUUGCAUCUACACUAAUGCUGGUUUUACUACUAAUUUUGGAGACCGCUCGAGCUAUAAAAUUGCAGCCUAUCUACAAGCUACUCGAAAGGGUUGUCAUCUGUUUUAUUGAUGAAAAGGACACAGGUUCAGUAGCGUUGACUCCCGUUUAUCUAUUAGUUGGUUGCUCAUUACCAAUGUGGUUACAUCCUGUGGUUUGCGAUUUAACAGACUCGGCUGGACACAAUUUGAUAAAAUUAAUGGCAGGCGUUUUGUCGGUAGGAAUCGGCGAUACAGCGGCAAGUGUAUGUGGAUAUAAUUUUGGCAAACAUAAGUGGCCCGGCUCUGUGAAGUCUGUUGAAGGUACAUUAGCAAGUAUUGCUGCUCAAGCUGGUAUGGUAUUCAUUUUGUUUAAAAUGAGCUUCAUCCAUCUGAGUACUGUAAGAGCUGCAAAUACUGGAGUCGCAAUUAUCGUCAAUGCUCUCGUAGAAGCUAAAACAAAUCAAAUAGACAACCUCGUGCUGCCUUUGGUUACUUACAUCAUCCUGUGUGCCAUCUAAUAUAAGUGAAUCGAAUGUUCCUGUUAUCUUAAUUUCGUAAAGAAAUCUAAGAUUGCUAGAGCAAAUUGAAAAAAAUUAAAAAAAGUAUUGUUGAAGCUACAAAAGAAAUGUUUGUAUUUAUGGGAUCUAGCAAAAACCAGAACCUUAAAAUAAAAACGUUGUGACU